AACCACUGGGAAUUUUAUAUCAGAUAAAUGAGAAUUUUCGGAAAGUCUGUUUGCCUUAGAUUAUCAUUUGAAUAAAAACAUAGGGAAACUGGUACAUGUAUAUAAAUCGAUAAACGAGAUCCAUACUACCAGACAUUAUUACAAUGUCUAUAAAUUUAGCAGCUAUUGACUUUGGAACAACUUACUCAGGAUAUGCGUUCUCGGUAUCACCAUUGAAAACUAAACUGCCAGAAGUACAAAUACUGUCCAACCAAUCUUGGAAUGCUGGUAUCAGAGAGGCCAUAUCAUUAAAGACUCCGACGUGUCUACUCCUAACAAAAGAUACAGAAAUAGUAGCAUUCGGAUAUGAGGCUGAAAACCAAUACACAGAUAUAGUUUUGGAUGGACAGCAAGAUGAUUACUAUUUCUUUUACAGAUUCAAGAUGAAUUUGCAUAAUAACAAGGAUAUUGCAAUGGGUAUGGUUUUGGAAGAUGUCAGAGGAAAAGCGCUUCCUGCAAUAAAUGUCUUCUCAUUGUCGAUCCAGGCACUAAAGAAUCAUAUGAAAGGUGUUAUAGAAAUUAAGAAUGUUAUGCUUGAUGAAAACACAAGAUGGGUAUUGACAGUUCCUGCAAUAUGGACAGAUUCGGCCAAACUUUUUAUGAGAAAGGCUGCUGGAAUGGCUGGCAUUCCAGAGGACAAAUUGACUUUGGCGCUUGAACCUGAGGCAGCUUCUGUGUUCUGUCAAACGUUUCCAUCUGCUGGUAGCACGGAUAUUGUCAAUAUAGGAUCUAAGUAUAUCGUAGUUGACCUUGGGGGCGGAACAGUGGAUAUCACAGCACACGAGAAGCUGCCUGAUGGCUCAUUGAAAGAAUUGUGCAAAGCUUCGGGGAAUGAUUGUGGGGGAACAUCGGUAGAUAGGCAGUUUAUACAAGUCUUUGUCAAUACUAAACUUUACUAA